AUGUUUCUUAGGAGCCACUGGAGGCUUUUGAUUUUCUGUCACUUUGGUGAGAGUCUGCAGUCAAAAACAACAACUUCAUGCAUGCUGUUACUUGACUCUCUCCAAAUGGCAGAUCCAAAAAGGCUUGAGCCUUAUAUAAGAAAGUUCGUGUUGGACAUUUAUAGAGCAGAGGACAGACCAGAGAGUAAAGAGUUUAUAUCCCGAAUUCCUCUUUUUGUGCCAAAGGUGCCACAACAAAUAACUGGUGAGGAGUGUGGCAAGUUUGUCCUAUACUUCAUACAUUUAUUUGUGGAGGAAGCUCCUGAAAAUUUUAGCAUUGUCCAUGGCUACCCUUACUUUGUAAGCUUCUUUUUUUUCUUAUUAUUUUCUGAUUAUAUCCUUAGGCUAACCUUUUAUUUGAGUCUG